AUGAAAACCAGUAAGAAGAUCUCUAAGAAAAGAAGCCUGAAAAAUCUUCAUGGUGCCUUAAAAGGGCUAUUGAAAGAAUCCAGCAAGAAGAGUGAGGUCAAAGUACGAAAACAUCGCGAUUGCAACCCUGUUCCUCAAGUAUGUACGCCAAUUAUCGAAAAACUGAAGACGAAAAAGAGUGAUGAAAAUUCACGGCCAAUUGCUGAAAGAAAUGGUCAUGUAUAUAUAAUGUCCAAGGAAAACCACAUCAUACCCAAACUAACCGACGAUGAAGUCAUGGAACGCCACAAACGAGCAGAUGAAAACAUGAAAAAAGUGUGGUCCAACAUCAUAAGUAAAUAUGAAUCUAUUGAAGACCAGGGCGACCUCAUAGACCUGAAAACUGGUGAAAUUGUUGAAGAUAACGGACACAUCAAGACGUUGACGGCCAAUAACACCACUAAAGAUAAAAGAACAAGGUACACAAGUGUGCUCACGGAUAUCAUCGACAUUAGUGAUGAGGAAGAUGGAGAUAAAAAUGACAAAUGUACCUUGUGGGCUAACGAUAGUGAAGCAAGCGAUUCAGAUGUUGAUGCUGAAAAUGAAAAUGAAGAUGAAAAAGACGAGAAUGUGAUAGACAUAGAUUUCAAGAAGUAUGAAGCCAAACUCUCGAAAAGGACAUUACGAGAUUAG